AUGGCAACAUACCAGACAUACGGCGCGCCGCCUGGCUACGCAUCUUACCACUACCGGUCGCCUCCACAAACACCACCGCCUGCUAGAGGAUAUGCGUACUAUUCGCCACGCAACCCAUCAUACACCUACAAGCCUCAGCACACCCGGCGAGCCACUGGAGACGGAACGACUUUCACAUACACCUACACGACCGCGACACCUCGGAAACAAACAUACUCAUCGACACCAGAGUCCACUUACAACACCCCUGCGCAAUCAACGCCGCAGCGCAAAUCCGACUAUGUCCCCAUCUACACAGCCGCUGACUCCACCAAGCAAUCAGCACGUCCUCGUCGAGCAUCAUACACCACCAAGCCGGCCAAUCCGCCUCCCCGACCCAGCACAGCCACCAAAUCGCCACCGGCGCAGGCAACCGCCGACGAUGCGCGUCGCGCAGGUAUCCCAGCCGGUUACUCAUACAAGAACUGGGAUCCAACCGAAGAGCCUAUCCUCCUGCUAGGCAGCGUGUUCGAUGCCAACUCACUCGGCAAGUGGAUAUAUGAUUGGACAGUCUUCUACUAUGGCCCGGCGACUCCGAUGUCCGAGGUAGCCGGCGAGAUGUGGCUGCUACUCAUACAGCUAGCGCACAAGGUCAAGCGCGCAGAGGAGGUCAUGCCACGGAUUCGAUCCACGGCAUCCCGUGACCUCGUCGACGACUUCCUCGAAUCAGGCGAGCGCCUCUGGCAGCGCUUCAACAAGCUCCUCAAGAUCUGCGAGAACUACAUGUGGAAAGCGGCAAAGAAGGAGAGCGGCAGCGCAAAGAACGUCACCAUGGGCAAGAACAGCGGCUGCGAGUUUGUCGAUUCCAUCUUUGGUCGCGAUCGCGAGCUGGAGCGUACCGAGAAGCUCAUGACCGGCAUGCGGCUCUGGAGCAUGCGAUUCGACGCCAACUGCGAGGAGAUCCUUCGCAACCCUACAGCAUAG